AUGUAAUUGCAAGGAACAACUUUAUAAAAUAAUUUGGCAUUUGUAGGUGGAGCUAUUUAUCUUUAGAAAGAAGCCUACAUGAAUGGAAAAUCAUUAGUUAUAACAAAAAAUACAGCUUAUAAAGAAGCUGGAGCCAUAUUUGUAGCUUAGCUAUCAUAUUUAAACAUUUAUGGAUCUUAGAUAAAUCAAAAUUAAGCUUAUGAAACUUCUGCAAUCAAAAUUUUCGGAGGAAGUGACUACUAUAACUCAACGAUUGAGUAAAGCUUAUUUUACAAUAAUUACGCAAAUAAUUCAUAUACCCUGAGUGUUGAUUCAGGCUAGUUAUUUAUUUCUAAAACUAACUUCAGAUUGAACAAUGCUUAAAGAAGAACCAAGAAUAUAUUCAUUAUAUUUUCAAAAUUGGUUCUUGUUCAGUGUAGAUUUUGGAAUGAUAAUCACAUCUAUAAUAUUUAGGAUACUAGACUAAAUAAUUUUACUGGAGGAUUUGUCCUUGUUGGGACAAGUUCACAUUUGACAAUAAUUGAAUCUUAUUUCAAAAACGGAGAAGCUUAUCAAGGAGGAGCCAUUUACCUCUCAAGUGAAAGCUAUUUAACAAUAAUUAACUCUGAGUUCAACAAUAAUUAUGCAAGAUCUUAAGGUGGUGCUAUUUAUUCCCAAGCGUCAUUUGAUAUAAUUAUUAGUGAUCGAACAAUUUUUAUUGAUAAUUAAGCUCUUGGAUAAGGUGAUCAUAUCUACAUGAUAGAUGCUUUUGCUCAUGGACUAAAGUAUGGUGGUGCACUAUAUUUCAAGAUGAUUGAUUCUAAUAAACUUCCAAAUAAAACUUAUCCAUCUAUGCCUAGAAUCAAUAUUACAUUAACCAAUUUUACAUUAUGCCAAGCCUUCUAAGGUGGAGCUAUAUAUGAUGAUAAUAUUGACUUCCUUUUAAUAUAAAAUUCAUCUUUUAUCGAAAAUUCUGCUCUCUAUCACUAAAACUUUAGUUCGUCAGGGAUUGGUGCAGGAAUAUUUUAUUAAUGUGAGAUAGAUAUAUAAUUUUAGCAAUGCAAAAUAAUUUUAAAUAAAUCAAACUCUUUCAAGGAUAACUUUGCUUAUCUUUAAGGAGGAGCGAUUCAUUGGAACGUUGUUGAAAUAGAAUUUGAUAGAAAUUUAACUGUUUUUCAAAAUAAUACAGCUCUUUUGUAUGGAGAUGAUAUCAGUGCUGUACCGUAAUAAAUCGUGUAUCUUUCUGAAGAAUAAUACAGAGAAUAUCAACAAAUCAUAGAAAAUGUUUAGUAUAAAUAUUGGAAAAUAAUUUCAAAACCUUUAAAUAGAAGAAUAUUGCAAGAAAUAUAACUAGUAUCUUAAAAAUCACUUGAAAACUAUAAAAGCGGAGCUAUGAUACCAAAAUCUUAUUUUGCAGUAGCUGAUAUGUACGGUCGAGUGGUAACUUCAAAUAAUAACAGCAAUAUCUUAUUAACAGUGAAUGAUGAGUAUAAAAAUGACUCUGGAAAAAUUAAAUACUAUCCUAUUCUAGAAGGCUAGACAUCUUUUUAAGCUUUAAAUGGAGCAUACGAGGUACAGAAUGUUUAUUUUACUGGUGCACCUGGAUUUAAUUAUAAGAUUGAUCUAACCACUGAUGCUAUUGACUAUAGAAUACCAUCGAAUAAAUUAUAUUUAGAAUAAAUUAAACAGAAGGGAAAAGAGAAAAUCUCAUUCGAGCUCGAUAUGAUGCUAAGAUACUGCUAGCCAGGAGAAAGUUUUUCAUCAGCUGGGAAAUGCUAGAAUUGUGAAGAUGGAAUAAGUUUUUCUCUUGUUCAGAUGUUUGAGCCUGGUGAAUGCAUUAAAUGUCCCAAUGAUGUAGCUAUAUGUCUAGGAGGUAAUUAGGUUGGACCUAAACCAGGAAUAUGGAGAAAAACUAAUUCAACAGAUCGAUUUUUUGAAUGUUUUUACAGAGAUGCAUGCUUAGGAAUGCUCCCUCCUUUGAAUAAUCCCCUUGGAGUAUGCGCAUAAGGUUAUCAAGGCUUACUCUGUUCAGAUUGCAAAGUUGGUUUUAGUAGAACUUCAUUCUAAGGAAUGUUAAUUUUUAUGAUAAGAUCUACAUUAAAUAGUGCAAGAGAGGAGAAAAAUGUUACCUCUAUCUAUUUAAAGAUAUUAGUAAAUCAUCUAUAAUUGAUAAGUCUGAUUUAAUCCUUCAAGUUCGACUUUCCAGAUGAAUUAACAAACUUUUUCUCAGGUACUGGAGAUGUUAAAGACUCUACUUCGACAUAAAUUCUGUCACUUGAUUGCUUUUUAGAUAAUAGAAUAAAUAAUAAUGAUCAAAUGAACCCACAGUUAUUUUUUCAAAAGUUGAUUAUAAUUGCAGUUAUACCAUUUCUGAUAGUUUUUAUAGUUCUUAUUAUAUGGACUAUCCUCAAAAUCUAUUAUUAGAAAAAGAAAAUUAAUUUGCUUGGCAAAUAAUUUAAAGAUAAAAUCAGUUAACUUAAGUAAAUAAUGAAAAAGGGAGAUUAGUAAGUGUAAGAAGUGGCGCUUAUUUAAUUAAAGAAAUUAAUGAGAGAUGCAACUUAUGAGGUUUCUGGGAAAAUUAUCACAACAGUCAUUAUUCUAUUAUUCUUCAUGCAUCCAACAAUUGUUGAGUUUACAGUUUCAAAUUUUAAUUGCUAUAACAUUGAAGAAGAGAGAAGAGUUAAAGUAGAUCUGACUAUUAAAUGCUGGGAAGGUAAUCACAGUUUUUUCUCUUACACAGUAGCAUUGCCAAGCCUAUUUGGCUGGGGUAUUGGCAUUCCAUUCUUUGCAUUAAUAAUGAUCAUAAAGAAUAAAGACACUUUGAUGACUAUCGCUACUAAGGAGAAAUUGGGAUUCUUGUAUAAUGGAUAUAUACUAUUUGUAAUUAUCCUUAUUGCUAAUGCAGUAUUCUUUGUCGUAUGGGCAUUGAAAAUGUAAGUUGAAGUUAAGAAUGUACUUAUCAAGAAAUUUCCAAAGAUCUACAUCUUCUUAUUUAUGUGCAAUAACUCUGAAAAAUUUAAAGAUCAAUAAAGCAAAGCAAGAGCCAAAGAAAUCAAUGAGUUACUCAUUGAAGAAUAUGAAAGAAAAAAAUUAUAGUAUUAUCUUGGUGAAGAUAGAGUACUUGAAGCAAUUAACUAUAAAAAAUUUGGUCUAAUAGAUGAAAAAGGUUAUCAAAGAGCGUUAAGAGAGAAAGAUAAUAAGAUAAUCCUAAAUGAGGUCAUGUAAAAAGAUGCUAAGAUUCAUGGAGUCACUGAUUUUGGAAUCUUUAGAAACUAUGGUGACAAUCAGCAAUUGGAUGUGGAUGAUGGUUUUAUGAAAGGUGAAAUUUCAAACGACGACCUUUCUUCUCAUAAUAAUAGCAGUAUUACUUUAUAAUUAAUACUUUUAGGUCGCAUUAAUAUAUCUACUUCUUACAAUGAGUUUACAGAAAGUAAUAUUUUUGAGGAAGAAAAAUAGUCAGAGGGGCUUAAUUUUAAAUUUAAAUAGUAAAGGAAAAACUCUACAUUUUACAAUUAAAAGAAAACAAAGAUUGAUGAUGACAAUUAAAGUCUCAGCCACAAUUUGGAAAUUAGAGAUAAUGAUAAUAUGCAUAAACCUCAAUGGGAGUAGGACUAUAUAAGAAAGAAAAAGGGUAUAUUAAAGGAUGAAGAAGUAUUCCAUGAAUUAUGGGGUAAGGAUUAGAAAACAGAAAAUAAAGGGUAACUCAAGAAAAAGGAAUUAAUUGAAAAAUAUGAAUAGAAACGAAAACUGAUGAAUAAUUUUAUGAUACCAAUGGAUGUCAAUUUCAACUAGAUUAAUUAAAUAAAGGAUAUGGCUGAGAAAAUCUCAGAUGAUACAAAUAUAAUUAAUGAUGAUAAGUUACUAACCUUCUAAAUUAAGUAAAAGUUCGAAUAAGCUCAGAAUGAGGUCUAAAUUCAAAAAAAGAAAGAGAGUGUAAUCAUAAAGAUCAAUAAUAGAAAGUUCAUGAGGAAGUAAGAACUUGAAUAGGAACUUGCAUUAGAGUUAAGAAAUAAGAAGAAGAAAAUAAAUGGCAUAAAGCAUAAUGACACUUAAAUGGAAUUAUAGCAAAAAAAUGAUGCUGAAGCAGAUCUAAAUGAAGAAUAGAUAUUUAGAGAUCUUGAAAGAGAUCAAAUACUUUAUGAAGAAUCAGAAUCCAAUUUAACUGAAUCACAAGCUUAACUCACUUCCUAAAGAAUAGAGGAUUAUGAUGAUAUCUUUUCAGCAGAUAAUGAUUCAAAUCUAAGUGAAUUCUAUGACUAAUAAAAUGAAUUCCAAAAUUAAAAUAAAUGA